AUGCCGACACGCGAGCGGUUUGAGGAAGAGCAGAAGCGAUACGAGCAGUUAAAAGCCGAUCUCGACCAAAGUGCCGCUACCCAACGCUCUUUAGCUAUGGAGGUGCUGACUGCUACACGCGAGCUGUUUGAGCGAGAGGAAGAGCUCUUGAAGGAGGAAGACGCCGCUGUGAUCGCUGUCGAACGUAAGCGACGGAUAGCUGAGAAGGAGGAGCAGGUGGCAAAGAAAGCCAAAGCUGAAGCGCAGCAGCGCAAGGCUCAGCAAGCCAGCACGGGCAAAGCGAGCGUGCCGGUAUUUGCUCGGGACUCUGUCGCGAAGAAAGGGAUGACUCUCGCUGCAGACGACCAAGCGUUCGAGCAAGAACUCCGCGACUUUGCAGCUAAGCAACGCGUUGAUCGCUUGUAUCUGUCCAUACCGUUGACCCGAGACCCGCGAGCUCACGAUCGCCAUCGACUCGAACCAGAAUUUGUGCACAUGAAGCACCUCGAGUCGCGUGUGCUGGCGACGGAGAAGAUCGAGUUUGAUCUGCUCGAGAAGAGCUCGUUACGUCACGAAGAAGCUGCUGCAAAAGCGGCAGAACUGCGAGAACUCUGUGAACAGAUUCGGAAGCAGCAAGCGAGCGUCGAGGAAGAAAUUGUCACUGUGGAGGCCUCAAUAGCGCAGCUAGAGACAGCGGCGAUGUCUCCUCCAGAGCAGUCUCGACCAACUGAAGAAGAGCUGGAACGAGCUGCUGGACGGUAUUUGACCGUUGAAAAACUUCCGGAUGAUGAAGAAAAGGACGACAACGAGGUCGAUGCCACUGUUCCAGUCGACGAUGAACGCGUGAACGCGGAUGAAGCUGAGUUGCGGGAGUUAGAGACGUUCACUGACACUGAAGUAGCAUGGCGGAAGUGGGAGAGAUCAGAGAAGACGAGGAACACAAAGCUGAACAAAUUAUCAGAUCGAAUCACGUUGUUAAAGACGUCUCAGAAGCAUUUAGCAGUGGAAUUGGCGCUCUAUGAAGACGCAGACGCGCCGUUCUUUGAGCGUUUGAGGGAUCUAGAGAAGGCAGCGAACACGCGAAUGUGGGAUCUGCAGGCCCAGUCUCAAGUGGUGCGAGCUCGCUUCAUAGUAGAGCGAGCUGCUCGAGAGGAAUCUGUGUUUCAGAUGCGUGAUCGACUUCAAGAACUCCAGCAGCAACUGGAGGACGCCUUCGCGUUGCCGAAACAGGCAGUUCAUCCUCUUGAGCGCGUAGAACUCGAGGCAAGAUCGGAUCAACUGGUUGCGUUGUUGAAGAAACAAGAAUCUGAACUGCGAGCCAGGUACGCCAAAGAGGAGGAAGCGAAAGCGCUGCUGGUGUCGCUGGAGUUGCGCUCAUGUGACUAUGCAGAUGCGAAACUGCAAGAAGAGACCAAGCUGACGGCAGAGAAGCAGAGUCUCUGGGAUCUCAGCUUCACUCUCAUGGACGAAGUGCAGAGCUGUCGCCGAACUAUUGAGCGGCUCUAUCUACUGAUGCAGCAGGAGAAACACAGCGAAGAGGAGCUUGAAGGAGAACUGUACGAGGAGAAUGCUCGUGUGUUCGAGACCAAGCUUCAGUAUCUGCAGCAAGUUCGUCGAUUCUUACUCUUGUGUUACGACCGCGAGGAUCGUUGGCGUGCUCUAGCUGCUUCUUCGCUCAUCAAGGACACAGCAUCGGACGAAUGGAUGACGCACAUGCAGCUGUCCCGUCACGAGGAUUCACUUGCACUGCUGCAAAUACAACACGAAGAACAACAGCGAGAAUUGCAACGUCAGAUCAAGUUGUUGGCCAAAGUGAAGGCCACGUUGCAAGCUCAAAUCGAAGAACUAAACGGUAAAAUCUUCCGUUUACAGAGCGACUACCAAGCAGCAAGCGACAGCGUCCGACUGCAGACUCACGAAGUCAUCGAAGUGCUUCGUGCUGCGGUCGAAGAGCACAAGUCUGUACUCGAGAAAGAGAAGGCUAACUAUCGACUUGAUCGUGAGAAGCUUGUCCGUGAACACGCUGCUAUUCGAGAAGAGCUGGAGAAGCGACAGCAGGAGCUGGAAGAUGUGAUGGACAGGCAGACCCAUUGGCUGACGGCAGCAAAGCGAGAGCUACAUGCUCAACGUGUAGCCAACGAGGAGUUACUGAAAGCUUAUCAGUCUCUGGAGAAACGUCGAGCCGCCGAGGUGAACGACAUGCGCUUCCGCAUCUCGGCGCAGAUCAAGAAGAUCAACAACAUUGAGAUGUGGAACCUCUCGAUGAAGAUCUCGGCGAAGGAAGCGCACAGGGACUUUAUCAACAUGCAAAGGGACGUGGCAAGGCAGCAGCAGCAACACAAACAACUGCAACGCGGCUUGCGACUUGUGAAUUGGCGUCAUCGCGUGACAGCGCAGAGUCUUCUCACAGACGUCAACUUGCUGUUUUCUUUCUUUGCUGACGGGAUUGACAUCCUCGCUGGGGCCACGUCAGGGAUCAACGAUGCACUGCGAGACAACGCAGGCAUCGAAGUGCUGGCUGCACUGGCGCGUCACUCAAGUCAGCAGUCUGUACGUGCGAUUUGUGCUCGUGCACUCGGUCAAUUAUCGUGGAAUGCCAACGCCACUGCUCGGUCGUUGGGCUGGAAGGCGAAGCAGAAGUGGUUCCAGUGGAUGAAGACCCAGUCGACUAGCGUUUUGGAUAAAUUGUCGAGGGCGAAGACGCCGUUUGAUGCUGUUGCAGAAGAAGAAGCGACCGAGAUGAAUUGGUUGGCGGAUCCCAGCACUCCGAUCGAUGACAUUUCUGGCGAGAGUGAUCAUGAUUUGAGCUCGGAAGGAGGGAAACAAAAGGCCAAGAAGCUCCUCUUCACCUCGACGUGGCAGCAGUUUGACGACAAGGUUUUCCCCGACACGAACGUGACCAAUCAGCAGUACAUGGGGCUGUCAUCCAACGUGCUUCAGACCAUUUUGGAUCUGUGUCGAUCGCCCGAGACAGAUACACUUGUCAAGUGCAACGCCUUGCAUUCGCUAGCUCUGAUCGUACGAAGUUCAAGAAACACUUCGAUCAUAAGAAGAUUGGAUGGGAGUAUCUCGCUACUCGUUGGUCUGUUAGAGCCCAAGUCAAGCCACGACGAUCCUCAAGUUACUCGACACGCAGUGCAGGCGCUCGCGAACUUGGCGUAUCGGAAUGCCUUCAACCAGCAAGCCAUCUAUGCAGAAAAUGGCAUUCCUUUGCUCCUUCGACUCUGUGAAAGAGCCGUGAGUUCCAGCGACGCCCUCGAUGCGGACGUUGACUUAACCUUGGCAGCCACACAAGCGCUUUCUCACCUCUCACACGACCAUGUACGAUCAUGCCAGGUGAUUGUGGAAUCUCGCGGGAUCUCGAUCCUAACGAAGCUCUGUGGCUCGCCAAGAAUCCACGACGCUAUCGACUUGGAAGUCUAUGAGCUGAUCCAAACGUACGCGUCCCAAGUACUCGCCAACGUUAUCACGCUCUUGGACAAGGAAGAUAGUGAAAGUGACCACCGCUCGUACAACGUUGCUGAUCUUUUUCUCGAAGAGCAGCCACGGAUGCCAGGAUAUUGCAGUGGAACUGGAGGAAAAAUCGACAAUCAGGAGCAGCACGAGGAGGAGCAAGUCGCGCAGCCGUCGUCAACGAACGCUAGCGUUACUACAUUUGUGCUGAUGUGCGCUUCGUGCAACCGCAACGUCGCAUUUCAUGGCGCCGUUGUGCUUGGCAGUAUAGCUCAGCAUGAUAAUAUUCGAGAGGCGAUCGGAGCAGCUAGCGGGAUGGAUGCGCUCUUCUUACUUGCAGUCCGGACGGAUGACUUGCCGAUGGUUGCACAAGCCACUUGGGCUCUCGCAAAUCUGACGUGGAAUCGGGACAAUCAGUAUCGCGUCGCUCGGUAUAUCGAUCACCUCUACCAGAUCUGCACUCUGAGCUCUGACACGAAUCAAACGUCACUAAAUCAACAAGAGGAGGACGAUCCCGUUGUGAGGAGGGAGCGCAGACAGCAAGACGAACAGCUCACGCGACAGAUUCGAGAGCACGCUCUGUGUAUCCUAGCGAACGCUUUGUUCUACAACGACGCCAACCGCCAGCUAGUAGCGUCGAGCGCAGACUGGAUGCAGCUACUUGCUCGCAAUGCUCUCGAUGCUGACGGAGCCACAUUGGAGAACUCGGCUCGAGCAUUGUGUUCGUUAUCGUACAGCGACUCCAUUGCCCUCCAAAUGGGCGCUACGAACCUCGUCGAUAUCGCGAGUAAAGCUGGAACUGGGAAGAUGAAUGGGCUUCAUAUUCUCAUCCGACUAUGUGGUCGAACCGGGCAAAUACCAGUGCAACAACACGGUCUCUUCGGAGUCAUCAACAUGUGUCUCCACGACGUCAACAAGACCAGAAUGCUGGAAAUCCCUCACGGCAUUGACACAUUAGUGAACCUCAGUGGAAGCACGAACAAAGAUCUGUGUGAUCCCGCUCUGGAGGCGCUGGAGCUGCUGGCCGACAUGCGUCAACUCAAGCGAGACCAUGGAAUGUAUCCAACUCAAUCAUUCGAGUCCGUCGACAUGAAGAAGCUCGUCGCGUUGCUAUUUGACGCCUCGACGCCGUCUCUUGUGGGUGUGAUCAGCGAUGCCAUCGCCGACGAAGUCUGGAAGAGACCAAGCGCUCAGAUCAAGCUCCGUAAUGAGCACGGACUCGAAAAACUGCUCGAGAUCUGCGCAAAACCUUCGCCAUUGUUCCCUGCUGCGACGUCGGACAGUUCGCCUGAAAUCGAGCGUCGAGUGAGAUGUUCGUGCUUGUGGGCGCUACGGAAUACGGUGGCCAACAACGUUCGCAACCAAGACCUCGUCGGGGCUUUGAACGGCGUCCAGCAACUUGUCAGUGUGUUUGAUAGAGAGCGACAGAGUGAAGAAGUGGUGGAGGCCCUGCUAGCAGCGCUCGUGGCUGUGGUCAUGAAGCACCCUCGGAACAGCCAAGAGCUCGUGCAAUUCGGACUCGACAUGCUCAUCGGCCUGGCGGAUGAAGACAGCGACAGACUCGAACAAGACCAAGGGCUUCUACCUCCAAUAAACCCGUCAACGCAGAACGCCGCACUUGCACGAGAACUUCUGCACUUGGUGGCGCCAUACAAUACUCGAGAACACGCCACAACAGCCCCAAUACCCACAGACUCGAAGGCGAGGAGAAUGCAGCAGUUGCGUUCAUCGUCACCAUCGGCGUCUCCCGUGCACAGACGAUGA